UUUAAUUUUCCCGGAAGUUACCCAUGCGACUUGGAGGCGCACCGGCUCCACAGACGAGAAACACCGCAAUAUGGCCUCGCUCUGAGCCUCCACACACGACAGUGGUGUACAUACCGAACCGGCAAUCCGUCACCAUCGACGCCCUGAUCAUGGACCUACGGUCCAGAGGCUUUUUUCGGGGCCAUCGGAGUUGUCAGUAGUGCUACCAAAGUGCUAUAUUGUUUGAUUUUGAGCACGGUCACUUUUGCACGCCCGGGGAUUUAAACCGAAGUGACAGCAGCGGCACUCACCCCGGCUGCCGGUUAGCUAGCUAGCGCGCUAAGUCAAGUAGCCAAAGAAAGGGCACCACUUCUCUCUCGGAGUAAAGGGACAGGGAACCUGCAACACAACGCUCACAGAAGAGCGAUCGCGCCGAAGCCUCCGUGUUCAAAUCGCACAACGUAUUCACUGCUGAUUCCCGAACGGCUGGCAACACAACGCCACCCUAAUGCAGAACCAUAAAAGAGCGUGAAAUGAACAAACCGCCACAGCCUAUAACGGGACCCAGUUCUGUCCCUAACCCCGCCCCUUCCCCUGGAUUGACACAGGCUGCCUACGGCCCUGGACAGCCCCCUUCUCUUGUGUUUGCCACCCCCCCACCUCCACAAAUGAACUCUGCACCACAGCCAAGACAGUUUGCUGCAGGGCCCCGUACUUUACACCAACAGGGUGGAUACAGAGCAUUACAGAGUUACUAUCCAAACCGACCAACAAUGGCCACUAGUGCUCCAAGAGUACAGACGAGUAGCGGCCCCCGACCUGUUGGACCUACUCAUGUCUACCCGACCAGCUCCCAGAUGAUGAUGUUGUCCCAGCAGCAGCUGUCUUUUGCUGGAUCCCCUCAGGGCUACUUCAUCCCCCCUCCUGGACAGUACCGGGCCCCAUACAUGCCUCCUACUCAGCAGUAUCCUGUGACCAGCGGUACAGCAGGCUUCUAUCCGGGAACCAGUCCCGCUGAAUACACCACUUAUGCAGGAGCAUAUUAUCCAGCUCAGCCACAGUACUCGCCAUCUGUCCAGCCUGCACCGGUCAUGAUCAACCCCACCCAGCAACAGCAACAAGCCCCGCCUCCUCAGCAACCACCGCCACAGCCACAAGGCCCGCUAAAGAGGGAACGCAAACCGAUAAGAAUACGAGACCCCAACCAGGGCGGGCGUGAUAUCACAGAGGAGAUCAUGUCAGGUGGAAGGUCCACCACCACACCGACUCCCCCACAGGCCUCCGCAGCAGAUUUAAGUCCUGCACAGACCAACGGUGAAAUUGUCCAGCCUGUUGCUACAGUGACGAGACAAGAUGAAAACAUGGAGUCUUCUGUUACUGCUGACACGCCUCCACCUCCUGCCACAGCAGACACGGAGCCUGUGAUCGAGGCCAAACAGGAAACGGACAGCCAGAUGGCAGUGUGUGCUGAAUCAGCCGCACAAUCUGCAGCCUCCCCAGCUGAUACUGAGGUUCCAUCCCCAUUGAUAGAGGAACAGCAGCCUCCCUCUUCUCUCCCUCCUGCAGUAGCAUCUACUCCUACUCCUGCUGAGGCAGUAAAUAAAGACGUUUCUAAAGUCGGUGACACAGUAGAUGCUCCCGUCGUCCCUUCAGCAUCGUUAGCAGCACAAGAGGCACCUGUCAAAGUGGAGGAACCACAGGCCGCCCCAGCUCCACCUGAGACGGCACCAGAGAAUGAAGAAAAGACAACAGAGGAAGUAAAGAAAACUGAAAAAGAGGAGGAGGUGGCCAGCUCCAAAUUGGAGCCUGCAGUUGAAGUUGCAGCAGCAGUUGCCCCUGUCACAAUGGCAAAAGAAGAAGCAGUCACAAAGACAGCAACUGAAAUGUCCCAGCCUCCACCCUCUGCACCGGAAUGUGCUCCUCCACAGACACAGAGCGCUGCACCAAGCUCUGCCCCAGAACCCGAACCCAUUGCGGAUGAAACGGCAGAGCCUCUUCUCUCCAACGGCCUUCCUCAGGACAUUGAGGAUCUGCCCGAGGAUGUGGCGGUUUCAGACACUACACCCCUUGACAAGCCUGAUGCUUUGCAAUCUCAGGAAUCCACACCUGUGGCUAAAAUGGCAGCACCAACUCAGGUAGAGGAGGAGGUAGAGGAGGAGGUAGAGGAGGAGGUAGAGGUAGAGGAGGAGGUAAAGGAGGAGGAGGUAAAGGUGGAGGUGGAGGAGGAGAAGGAGGAGGAGGAAGAGAAGGAGGAAGAGAAGGAGGAAGAGAAGGAGGAAGUGGAGGAGGAAGUGGAGGAGGAGAAGAAAGGGGAUGAGGUGAAGGAGAAAAGUGAGGAUGCUCCUCCCGCCACUGUUAGCUGCCCUACAGAGGAAUCUACUAUGCAAGCUGCUACGUCUCUGCCAAAGAAGAGGAGGAACAUGAAGGAGCUCAACAAAAAGGAGGCCAUCGGAGACCUCCUGGAUGCAUUCACAGAUGAGCAGGACCCCAAGCCGGCCCCUGAACCCUCGUCCACUCAGGCCGAACCUGUUCCUGUUGCUCCAGCUGAACCUCCUGCUGAGGUUGUAGAUGAGACCUGGGAAGAGAAAGAGGACAAGCAGAAUGCCACGCCGGAACCAACUGAGCAGAAAUACCAGUACAAAGGAGAACAAUGGAAGCCGAUAGACCCAGAAGACAAGAAGCGGUACGACAGGGAGUUCCUCCUGGGCUUCCAGUUUAGCAGUGCCAGUGUAACCAAACCAGAGGGCCUGCCAACCAUCAGCGAUGUGGUCCUGGACAAGGUGAACAAGACUCCCCUGCGGCCAGUGGACCCAGCUCGACUGAUGAACGUUGGUCCUGACUUCACUCCCUCGUAUUUGGGGAACCUUGGUAGCAGAUCAGUGGGAGGACCACGAGGCCCACCUCCUGGGCCACGUCGCUCUCAGCAGGGUCAGCGUAAGGAACCCAGGAAAAUCAUCAUCAGCAGCAUGUCCCUCAAUGAUGACGUGCAACUCAACAAGGCUGAGAAGGCCUGGAAGCCCUCUGUGAAAAAGUCCACUCGCAGCCGUGCUGCAGAAGAUGCAGCACCAGCAGUCACAGCAGAAGACAACGACAGUGACGAGGCCAAGACCCAGGAGCUGUUCAAGCGUCUGCGCAGUAUCCUCAACAAGUUGACUCCUCAGAAGUUUCAGGAGCUGAUGAAACAGGUGACGGAUCUGACGAUAGACACGGAGGAGAGGUUGAAAGGAGCCAUCGACCUCAUCUUUGAGAAGGCCAUCUCAGAGCCCAACUUCUCUGUGGCCUACGCCAACAUGUGCCGCUGCCUUAUGGGAUUGAAAGUCCCCACUUCGGACAAGCCAGGAACUUUUGCCAACUUUCGCAAACUGCUGCUUAACCGCUGUCAGAAAGAGUUUGAGAAGGACCAGGAUGAUGCUGAGAUCUUUGAGAAGAAGCAAAAAGAGAUGGAGGCUUCAAAAGAUGAGGAAGAGCGUGAGCGCUUGAGGGUGGCGCUUGAAGAUUCGAAAGACAAGGCCCGCCGCCGCUCUUUGGGUAACAUAAAGUUCAUCGGCGAGCUCUUCAAACUGAAGAUGCUGACAGAGGCAAUCAUGCACGACUGUGUUGUGAAACUACUAAAGAAUCACGAUGAAGAGUCUCUGGAGUGUCUCUGUAGGCUGCUCUCCACUAUUGGAAAAGACCUGGACUUUGAAAAGGCAAAGCCUCGUAUGGAUCAGUAUUUUGCCCAGAUGGACAAGAUCAUCAAAGAGAAAAAGACCUCGUCCAGAAUCCGCUUCAUGCUGCAAGACAUCUUGGACGUCAGGAGGAACAACUGGGUGCCUCGCAGAGGAGACCAGGGUCCUAAAACAAUCGACCAGAUUCACAAGGAGGCCGAGAUGGAGGAAGUCAGGGAGCAGAGCAAAGUGCAGCAGCUGAUCAUGAACAGUAAAGAGAGCGGUGGAAGGGGCGGUGGAGGUGGAGGCAGAAUGGGAGGGAACAUGGGGGGCCGAGGCCCUCACACGCAAGGAGGUGGCCGGCCUUCUCAGCCCCAGGAUGAGGGAUGGAACACGGUGCCCAUCUCCAAGAACAGGCCCAUCGACACCACCCGCCUUAGCAAGAUCACCAAGCCCGGUGCUCUGGACUUCAACAAUCAACUGUUGGCUCCAGGAGGCAAAGGCAUGUGGGGCAGCUGGGGCAAAGGCAGCAGUGGAGGAACCGGAGCUAAACCAGUCAGCGGAGAGCAGGAUUCUGGUCGUCCAGCUACCAGCACCCUGAACCGAUUCUCUGCCCUGCAGUCUGGUUCUUCAAUGUCUUCAUCAGACUCUGAUCGCAGAGUUCCUCAGAGGUCAAGCUCCAGUCGUGAGCGCGGUGGCGACAGAGACCGGGGCGAGCGCGAGAAGGAUCGGUUUGACCGAUUUGACCGCAGUGAGGGACGGGAUGGGCGCGACGACAGGAGCAGCCGGAACCAAAUCACCAAGAGGAGCUUCAGCAGAGAGUCGCAGGAGCGCGGCGGGAGGGUUGGAGACGGUCGGACCUCUACUGAGGCUGUGCGUCGUGUUGCCAGCAUGACUGACGAUAGGAAAAGAGGAAGCAGGGACCGAGGAAGCAGGGACCGAGGAAGCAGGGACCGAGGAAGCAGGGACCGAGGAAGCAGAGACCGAGGAAGCAGGGACCGAGGAAGCAGGGACAGGGGUUCAAGCAAAGAGCUCCCAGCCAAGCGUGAGAGUGUCCCUACUCCUCCUCCCUCUCUUCCCAAACCUGCUUUGUCUGAGGAGGAGGUGGAGAAGAAGGCGUGCGCCAUCAUCGAGGAGUACCUCCACAUCAAUGACUUGAAGGAGGCGCUGCAGUGUGUGACCGAGCUCAACAGUGUCUCGCUGCUGUACGUGUUUGUGCGGAACGGCGUGGAGUCGACGCUUGAGCGCAGCACAAUCGCAAGAGAGCACACGGGCCUGUUGCUGCACCAACUCGUUAAGGCAGGGACAUUGCCCACGGAACAGUACUACAAAGGGAUGGAAGAGAUCCUGGAGGCAGCAGAAGACAUGGCCAUAGACAUACCUCACAUCUGGCUCUACCUGGCUGAACUCAUUACCCCCAUGCUCCAUGAGGGAGGCAUCCCUAUGGGACAGCUCUUCAGGGAGAUCUCAAAGCCUCUCUUGCCUCUGGGGCAGGCGUCCGUGCUGCUUGUCCAGAUCCUUCAUUUGCUCUGCAAAGGAAUGACCCCUAAGAAGGUCGGGGCCAUGUGGACAGAGGCUGGGCUGAACUGGAGCGACUUCUUGCCCAAGGAUGAAGACGUCAACAAGUUUGUCACUAAGCAGAAAGUGGAUUUCACCAUAGGAGAAGAGGCGGAAUUGGUGGAAGAGGGUAAGAAGACGGUCCUGAGUGGAGAGGAGCUCAGCAAACAGCUGGACAGAUUCCUUGAGGACAAGGUCAACGACCAGCGCAUCAGAGACUGGGUGGAGGCUAACUUGGACGAGGAGCAGACGUCUACCAACCAGUUCGUCCGAGCGCUGAUGACAUCAGUGUGUCAGUCUGCUAUCAUUUGCGACAACCCAUACAGGGUGGACCCACUUCAGAUCAAACUGAGGGCCAGUCUGCUGCAGAAAUACCUGAGUGAUGAGCAGAAGGAGCUCCAGGCCCUUUACGCCCUCCAGGCUCUGAUGGUGCACAUGGAGCAGCCUGCAAACCUGCUGCGGAUGUUCUUCGACGCCUUGUACGAUGAGGAUGUCAUCAAAGAAGAGGCCUUCUACAAGUGGGAAACCAGCAAAGACCCUGCGGAGCAGACGGGCAAAGGUGUGGCCUUAAAAUCAGUCACCGCCUUCUUCACCUGGCUCCGUGAGGCAGAGGAAGAGUCCGACAAGGAAUAAAGGAGUGAACUGAAUGCUGCCGCCCCCUUUUGGCAAGGCGGGGACUCUACAGGCGGCUAGGGAGAGUUGUGGACAAUAUUGCCAGAGAGGCAGACUCAAAUCAAUCCUCAGUGAGGAUAAAUCUUUAUUAUUUUUUUUUCUUUUCAUGGAGGGUGGACUCGGGAAAACAAUCACGUCUCUCUACCCUUCCUCUCUCGCUUCCUCAUUAUUUCCCUCACCUGCUUGUCACAGCAAGUGUCCUAAUCAAAUAAACUUGAAAACUGAUUCAGCAGGAUUGGUUGUCAACAAGGUGUGAAGUAUCCCACAUCACUACGAAAACUCUUUUGGCACUAUAAUACAAACCAACAGGCUGCUUUUCUAUGGUUCUAGAUAAUUCUAAUGCCUAACAUCCUAUCUGAUCCGCAAGAAUAAACUGCAGGACAUGUGGUGGUGUAGUGGGUUCCCUGAUAUGUGGGGUAUCAUCUUGCCAUAGUGUGUGUUCAAUCCACAGCUCUUCUAUGUCUUUGUCCCUUACUGGAGUGUGCAGCAUGACUGAAGUGUGUUUCUAUGAAUUCUACCGGGAGACGAAACGUUCCCGGACAAAAUGUACAUGAACUAAUCUUAAUUUGACGGAUGGAGUUUUUAAAGCAAAGGGUUGUCUAUUUUCUCUUCCUGGUUCCUAUCAUGAACUUGCAGAGGACAGAAAGUGGGAGGACUGAUGUUGACCUUUGACCUGGACUACUAGGGGGUGGUCUUAAUGCUUCCUCUAAGCCAUCCUCACCCAUCCCCAGUAGUGAACCACACUGACUGACUCCUCAUCCUUACCUCUUCUGUACUUACACCUGAGCUGUCGUAACGGACACCCAAUGACCCCGAUCACCGUUAAAACUUGAAAUCGACAGAAAAAUUGACUUGAUGAAAUAUAUAAAGUUAAAAGGAAAAAGAAAAAAAACAACACAGAAAUGAUCCGAAAGCCUUUUCUGCUCUAAGUGGAAACUCAUUUCAGGAGCGUUCUGUAAAUAUAUAAUAAUAAUGAUUACAUUUUUUUUUCAGUUUUAUUUUUCAGUAAACAAUAAAUUGCUGAUAUAAAUUGCAGUGUAUCCUUUUCCAACAGCAGUUGUCCAGAUGCAGAGAGGUGCUUUAGAUAAUCCAUUGAUUAUUAGUUUUAUUGGAAUUUUGUAAAUAUUUUUUUCCUUUUUUUCUUUUUUCCUUCUUUAUUUAAGAAAUUAUUGCUUCUUUUGCAUCUGAAACUGGAAAGAUGAGGUAACGGAACAUUGCAAAUAAAGGACUUAUUAAGUUGC